UACCGUGUUGAGUCCAUGAUGCUCCGUGUGGCCAAGCCCCUCAACUACAUUCCAGUGACCCCCAGCGUGCAGCAGCGAGCCCAGCAGAGGGCGCCGCAGUGCAUCCCACUAGUGAUGGAGCCCGAGUCCCGGUUCUACAGCAACUCCUUGGUGGUUCUGGACUUCCAGUCUCUGUAUCCGUCCAUCGUCAUCGCUUACAACUACUGCUUCUCCACCUGCCUGGGUCACGUGGACAGCCUGGGAACGCCCGAUGAGUUUAAGUUCGGCUGCACGUCUCUGCGGGUUCCUCCUGAGCUCCUCUUCCAGCUCCGGAACCACAUCACCGUGUCGCCCGGCGGCAUCGCCUUCGUUAAGUCGUCGGUGCGUAAAGGAGUCCUGCCCAGCAUGCUGGAGGAGAUCCUCCACACCAGGAUCAUGGUGAAGCAGUCCAUGAAGAGCUACAAGCAGGACAAGAGCCUGACCAGGCUGCUGGACGCCCGGCAGCUCGGACUCAAGCUCAUCGCUAACGUCACCUUCGGCUACACCUCUGCCAACUACUCUGGACGCAUGCCCAGCGUGGAGGUGGGAGACAGCAUCGUCCACAAAGCCAGAGAGACCCUGGAGAGAGCCAUCAAGCUGGUCAACGACACCAAGAAGUGGGGAGCACGGGUCGUGUACGGAGAUACAGACAGCAUGUUUGUUCUGCUGAAGGGAGCCACCAAAGAGCAGGCCUUCAAGAUUGGCAGUGAGAUCGCUGAGGCGGUGACCGCGACCAACCCCAAACCUGUGAAGCUGAAGUUUGAGAAGGUGUACCUGCCCUGCGUCCUGCAGACCAAGAAGCGCUACGUGGGCUACAUGUACGAGAGYCUGACCCAGAAGGACCCGGUGUUCGACGCUAAGGGGAUAGAAACGGUGCGGCGUGACGGAUGUCCUGCUGUCUCCAAGAUCCUGGAGCGCUCCGUCAGGCUGCUGUUUGACACGAGGGACGUCAGUCAGGUGAAGCGCUUCGUGCAGCAGCAGUGCAUGAAGGUUCUGGACGGUCGGGUCAGCCUGCAGGACCUCACCUUCGCCAAGGAGUACCGUGGAAGAGGAUCGUACCGACCCGGAGCCUGUGUGCCGGUUCUGGAGCUGACCAGGUGUGUGUGAGACACAACACACACACACACACACAGAGAGAGAGACACACAGACACAGACACACACAGAGACAGACACAGACA